UCAGACCGUGCAGAACGUUACAUUGUCGCUCACUCUGCCCAUCACGUGCCACAUUUGCUUGGGGAAGAAUUAGGGGCCAUUAUCCUUGGAGGAUUACUGUUAAAACGAAACAGGUGCAUAUUAAAGGAGAUCAGGUACGCCAGCCUGUCAUAUGCAUCAACAACCAUGUAUUUUGUUCAAUUUGUAUUGAUUUGUGGUUGAAGAAUAAUAGCCAAUGUCCAGCUUGCAGAGUCCCCAUCACUCCUGAAAAUCCUUGCAAAGAGAUUAUUGGAGGAACAAGUGAAAGCGAACCUAUGCUAAGCCAUACGGUCAGGAAGCACCUUCGGAAAACUAGACUUGAAUUACUCCACAAAGAAUAUGAGGAUGAAAUAGAUUGUCUGCAAAAAGAGAUAGAAGAGCUUAAGAGUAAAAAUCUCAGCCUGGAGUCACAGAUCAAGACUAUUCUGGAUCCUUUAACCUUGAUGCAGGGCAACCAAAAUGAAGACAAACAUUCAGUUGCAGAUAAUCCAAGUAAAAUUGACCCAGAAACUGUAGCAGAGUGGAAGAAAAAACUUAGAACAGCGAAUGAAAUCUAUGAAAAAGUGAAAGAUGAUGUGGAUAAGUUAAAGGAGGCAAAUAAAAAAUUGAAAUUGGAAAAUGGUGGCCUGGUGAGGGAGAAUUUACGACUGAAAGCUGAAGUUGAUAACAGAUCACCCCAGAAGUUUGGAAGGUUCACAGUAGCUGCCCUUCAGUCCAAAGUCGAACAGUAUGAACGUGAAACCAAUCGCCUCAAGAAGGCCCUGGAACGAAGUGAUAAGUAUAUAGAGGAACUGGAAUCUCAAAUUACACAGCUAAAAAAUUCAAGUGACGAGAAGGAAGCUAUGAAUUCCAUUUGCCAGAGGGCACUUUCUACAGAUGGCAAGGUGAGCAAAGACAGUGAGGAAGAUAUGGCAUCCAAGAAUCAAGGUGAUGGUGCCAGAAAGCAGCUUGGCUCAUCCACCUCAAGUUCUCAGCUGGCAAAACCUUCUAGCAGUUCCGCUAGGCAGGAAAGCAUCAGCAAAACAGAACCAAAUUGUUCUAAGAACAAAGACCUAUAUCAAAAGCAGGUGGAAGUAAUGUUAGAUGUGACAGAUACAAGUAUGGAUACUUACUUGGAAAGAGAAUGGGGUAAUAAGCCUGGUGAUUGUGUCCCCUUCAAAGGUGAAGAACUCUAUGAUCUUCCAGCUCCCUGUACACCUUUGUCCCUUAGUUGCCUCCAGCUCAGCACACCAGAAAAUAGAGAGAGCUCUGUGGUCAAAGCAGGAGGGUCCAAAAAGCACUCAAACCAUCUCAGAAAAUUAGUGUUUGAUGAUUUUUGUGAUUCUCCAAAUGUUUGUAAUAAAGAUUCUUCAGAAGAUGAUAGAAGUGAAAAUGAAAAGAAAUCAGAAUGUUUUACUUCCCCAAAGACGGGGUUUUGGGAUUGUUGUUCCACCAGUUAUGCCCCCACCUUGGACUUUGACAGCUCGGAGGGGAACACGAUAGCAAAUUCUGUUGGAGAAAUUUCUUCAAAAUUGAGUGAGAAAUCAGGCUCAUGUUUAUCCAAGAGGUUGAAUUCCAUCCGCUCUUUUGAAAUGAAUAGGACAAGAACAUCCAGUGAAGCAUCAAUGGACGCAGCUUACCUUGAUAAAAUCUCGGAGUUGGAUUCAAUGAUGUCAGAGUCAGACAACAGCAAGAGCCCUUGUAAUAACGGUUUUAAGUCAUUGGACUUGGAUGGGUUAUCAAAGUCAUCUGAAGGCAAUGAAUUCCUUGAGGAACAAGAUAAGUUGGACGAAAGAACUAAGCCAAACCUUUCCAAAGGUUCUAUAACUACUGAUCAGUUAGAAAAUGGAAAUGAAUGGAAACCCAACUCUUUUUUCCUCCUCUCUCCAUCUGACCAAGAAAUGAAUGAAGAUUUUUCACUCCAUCCCAGUUCUAACCCAGGAACCAAUGAAAUCAAACCCCCAAGCUGUUUGUUUCAGACUGAGUUCUCCCAGGGUAUUUUGCUAAGCAGUUCCCACCGGCUGUUUGAAGAUCAAAGGUUUGGGUCAUCUUUGUUUAAGAUGUCCUCAGAGAUGCAUGGGCUUCAUAACCACCUUCAGUCUCCUUGGUCUACUUCUUUCAUGCCUGAAAAGAGGAAUAAAAAUGUGAAUCAAUCCACAAAAAGAAAAAUCCAGACCAGCCUUUCUAAUGCCAGCCCAUCGAAAGCAACUAAAAGUUGACUCAUUAGUAAGGUGUCAUUUAUGUUUUUGUCCUGAAAGGAAUAUAAGGUUUUAAAAUUACUUAUUUCCCCUCAUAAAAGCUCUAGACAAUUUUGAACUGAUAAUCUUUAGUCAGAUAUCAGGUCAAAAUGGUGGAUUAGCCUAUACCCAAGAUACUUCUGUUCAUUUUGAAGAGUUUAGUCUUUUUCAUUUUUGACCAGAAAAGGUAGGGAGAGGGUUUCUUUUUAAUGAAUAUUAUAUGUGUCUGGUUUGGGUAUAUUUCGUUUUCUUGAAUCUUGAUUUAACUAUUCACAUGCAAUGGCCUAUUAAUAAGUCUCAGUUGUUUUCAGAACUUGGAUUUCUUAAAUAAAACUUUUGAUGUUGUCUGCAUACUGCUUAUAAGACACUUGAGUUCUUUAAAGCUUCUCCCAGGGUGGAAAUUAUUUUGCCUGCUUCUUUUUAUUUAUGUUUAGUGAUGGCCUAACUUUUAUUCAAGGCUGUGGUGGAGAAACAGCACUCAAACUUUAGUCCAAUGUUCAUUUACUUUUUUUUUUUUUUAGGUUUUACGUACAUGUUUGCAUUUUUAACAUUGUGUUUUGUCCAGUUUUUGUGAAAAUGUGUUGCUAGUAUGAAAGAAUACAUUUUCUAUAUGAAAAAAUUUGUUUAAUGUCAGGUAGCUUUCAUUGUUCGUCUUUUUGUGUGUGUUGAAAAUCAGAAAUUGAGUCUACUUGAGUAAGAAAUCACAGAACAGUUGGCUUUGGAGGAGCCUAAACUUGGUAGCAUCAUUGUUUCAGAUAUACAGGUGCAAAAGUUCUUGAUCCACUUAUGUCCCCAGGGAGGUUUUUAUGGAGUGGUGAAGUUCUUGUUUGCAUGUUACUGUUCUUUGUGGAAACUGUGUGCAUGGUAGCAUCCUUGCUCGCACUGUCUUCCUUACUUAAGAAAAAGAAGUUUCAGUUCACUAAUAGAAUAUUUUUUAAUGUAGGACAAUUUUUUUUUUUCCGUGAAGUGUUAAGGGGAUGAGAAUAGGUGAGCUAAGCACAAUUUUUAAUUUAGGCUCUGAAAAGGUAUACUAUUCUAAACAUGUUUGGUAUGCCUGCAUAGGCCUUGAAAAUGGCUUGUAUGCUAAUGACUUGUUUAUCUAAUGUGCACUGAGCAUUUUACAUUAAUACUGUACUGUUUUACAUUAAUACUGCAUGCUUUUCUAUGUGAAUUGAAUAAAGGAUGUCAUAAGCACUGUAA